CUUUUUGUGCUGACAAGCAGAGCUCUUUCGUCUCAGACUUGUUACGUUUACUCUGCGCCGGAAGAAGAACCUGAGAACGCCUUUGGAAUUAUGGCGGCGGUGGAUAUCCGAGAUAAUCUGCUGGGAAUCUCUUGGGUUGACAGUUCCUGGAUCCCUAUUUUGAACAGUGGAAGUGUCCUGGAUUACUUUUCAGAAAGAAGUAAUCCUUUUUAUGACAGGACAUGUAAUAAUGAAGUGGUCAAAAUGCAGAGGCUAACAUUAGAACACUUAAAUCAGAUGGUCGGAGUGGAAUACAUCCUUUUACAUGCUCAAGAGCCCAUUCUUUUUAUCAUUCGGAAGCAACAGCGGCAGUCCCCUACUCAAGUUAUCCCACUGGCUGAUUACUAUAUUAUUGCCGGAGUGAUCUAUCAGGCACCGGACUUGGGAUCAGUUAUAAACUCUAGAGUGCUUACUGCGGUACAUGGCAUUCAGUCAGCUUUUGAUGAAGCUAUGUCAUACUGUCGAUAUCAUCCUUCCAAAGGGUAUUGGUGGCACUUCAAAGAUCAUGAAGAGCAAGAUAAAGUCAAACCUAAAGUCAAAAGGAAAGAAGAACCAAGCUCUAUUUUUCAGAGACAGCGUGUGGAUGCUUUACUCCUAGACCUUAGACAAAAAUUUCCACCCAAAUUUGUGCAGCAAAAGUCUGGAGAAAAGCCUGUCCCAGUGGAUCAGACAAAGAAAGAGGCAGAACCUAUACCAGAAACUGUAAAAUCUGAGGAGAAGGAGACCACAAAGAACGUUCAACAGACUGUGGGCACUAAAGGCCCCCCUGAAAAACGAAUGAGACUUCAGUGAGUAUUGGACGAGAGAGACGCCUGCAAGACUCCUCUUGUCCAUAUUUUACCUCAUUACUGUGACAGGCUCUUGAACUUUAAAAUUCUUUGUCACAAUCAUUUGUAUAGAAUGUGCUUGUUCUUUGAGAAAGGAUGUAAGGAUGCUCAUGCUUCCAGUCUGAAUAUUUUUAAUGUAUCUUUUGUAAACUUUUCCCUACCGGACUUGAUCAGCUUCCUCCCUCACAUGUUUACUGUGAUAUAUGUUUAAAGACAAAAUAAAGGUAUUUGUAUAAAUUA